GUGACUCGGGGAAGAUGGCCGCGCUGACAGCGGAGAACUUUGCAGCUCUCCAGAGCCUACUGAAGGCCUCCUCGAAAGAUUUUGUCAGACAGCUGUGCCAAGAGAGCUUUUCCAGCUCAGCCCUUGGCUCCAAGACCCUCUUGGAUGUUACGUGUUCCAGCUUGUCCGUGACCCAGGAGGAGGCAGAACAACUGCUCCAAGCCCUGCACCGCCUCACCAGGCUGGCCGUGUUCCGUGACCUCUCCUCCGCCGAGGCAAUUCUGGCACUCUUUCCUGAAAAUUUCCACCAAAACCUCAAAAACCUGCUGACAAAAAUCAUCCUGGAACACGUAUCUGCUUGGAGAGCUGAAGCCCAAGCGAGUCAGAUCUCUCUGCCACGCCUGGUGGACCUGGACUGGAGGGUGGACAUCAAAACCUCCUCAGACAGCAUCAGCCGCAUGGCCGUCCCCACCUGUUUGCUCCAGAUGAAGAUCCAGGAAGAUCCCAGUCUGUGUGGGGACAGGCCCUCCGUGUCGGCCGUCACCGUGGAGCUGAGUAAGGAGACGCUGGACACGAUGUUAGACGGGCUGGGCCGCAUCCGGGACCAGCUGUCCGCUGUGGCCAGCAAGUGAGGCGGCCUGCGGGCCCCGACGCCCUACCCACUGCCCCCCAGCACGUGGCGGCCCCCGCAGCGCCCACCGCAGGGGUGGGGGGCCGGCAGGAAAGGGGCUGGCAUCCAGAAGGCGCAGCAGCUGGGUCGGGAGGAAGCAGCCGGGCCCCCACGCAUUUCUCCUCACUCGUGUUCCUUUUCCUCUUUCUGAAGCGGGUGGGCAGAAGCCAGUGUCCCCACAAGGCUCCUGGGGGGGGGACUUCAGGACCGCUGUGGCGGGAGAGGAAGGGAGCGUUGGCUGGGUCAGCCGCCUCUGCCUGCCUGAGUGAGCGAUUCAGGCCCAGGUUGUGGUGCUUGUCUUAGUAAGUCCCUGUCCAGUGUUCACUCUGCUGGCGAGGCUCGCUUCUGCUCUGGAACACGUGCAGGGAGUCAGGCAGGCGAUGUCCACAGUCCUGCUGCUCUGUCAGAGGAGCCAGACCGACCCCACAGGGCAGGGCCCCCGCAGUGUGCCCGUCUCCCUGAGCCCAGAGCCUCCCCGAGCCCUUCAUCCCUGCUGGACCGCCUUUGAGCGUAGAAAGUGGGAAUUCAUUCCCUUCUUCAUGGAGCUGGUGCCCCUUCCUUGAUGUAAUGGGACCACUCAGGGUGAAGAAGUGGGAGUGAUUGGCAAUAAAUACCAGUUG